AUGGAGAGAAUAGUGCAUUGUGAAGGUAUUGUGAGUUGGGACAACUUGUACAGAGAGUAUAACACAAUGGCAAGUACAUUUGGGCCUAAAGAUAUCUUAGUUCUCCCUCUUGCCACUGACUCUUUUUUUGUGAUGGGAAAAGUUACUUCCUCUCUCUGGGCCUCAGUUUCCUUGUUCUUAAAUAAUAAAAAAAUCCCUCAUGGGGCAUGGCUCCUCUCUCCCUGCCUUCACUUUCUGCAGGCACUGCUGGUGUGUGCUCAGGUGUACCUGCCUCUUCCCGUCAGGUCCCUGCUUUGCAUUUGCACCUGCCCCCCUUUUGUUUGUAGUCUAAGUGACAUGGGUCUCCCUCUCUUUCCUCCAACUGCAUCGCUCAAUCCUGCAAUGUGUCACAAUGGUGUGGAGCUGUCAUUCUGGAUGAUGUGGCGUGACCUCACACUGAUGCCAUUCCCCUCCCACCGAGCCAACCUGGCUUCCUCCUCCACCCAUGGAAUAAGCCAGAAUGCUGAAAGUGGGAGGGAAAUAGAGCACCAAGGUUAAGGAGGCAGUCCCUGACAUUUAUUAGUGGAAUUUCUGUUUCUAUGAUGAAUGUAGAGAUUUGGGGUGACUGCCUCUUAAGGUGAUAUGUAGGGAGAUGAUGAAUCCCAGUGUUUUCCUUAAAGAU